GGAAACUGGAUGAUACAACUCACAUCUUCACAAUGUUCCUCCCAAAGUACAAAGAUGCAUGCGAGGAUUCCACAUCACUGGGGCUUUGGAACCCUAAACAGUAGACUUGUUUCACUUUGAUUCCAAAUGUGACUCAGUUACUUUGGUUGGGAAUGAACUUAUACCUAUUUAUUGAUACAUUCAAUUGGUAUGAAGAUGAGGACGCUUAUCUCUACACACGGGUUAUGCUGGGUUGUUACAAAGGAAUACUGAGGAGACAACUUGACAAAAACAUCACUUUUCACAAGACUGUUGCUUAUGGGGUAGCUGUAAAUGCAACUAUUCAUAUCAUUGCACACUUGGUCAACAUAGAGCGAUAUCACCUUAGCCAGUCAAAACAAGCAGGAGAAUUGAGCAACAAACUGUCUGGCAUUGGCAAAAGUAUGAAUGAAACCUAUUUGAAUCCAAUCAGAAAUUAUGACACCAACACGAUAAUUGAAAUACUAACAACCAUUGCUGGAGUGACUGGUCUCCUGAUCACUGUGUCUUUAGUUCUUAUAAUGACUUCAUCCACAGAGAUAAUCAUAAAAUCAUUCUAUGAGGUUUUCUGGUACACCCAUCACCUUUUCAUUGUCUUCUUUGUUGGCUUGGUAAUUCAUGGUAUGGGUCAGCUUGUCCGUGGUCAGACUGCUCAAAGUCUGUUGCUGCACAAUGUUACUUAUUGCAAAGAUCAUUAUCUGGAGUGGGAAACAACAGCUCAGUGUCCUCUGCCACAGUUUUCUGGCAAAAGCCCUGCGGCUUGGAAGUGGGUCUUGGGUCCUGUGAUAUUAUACAUCUGUGAAAGGCUUAUUAGGUUUUGGAGGUUUCAGCAAGAUGUUGUCAUUACAAAGGUAGUGUCUCAUUCUUCUGGAGUUCUGGAGCUUCAGAUGAGGAAACAUGGCUUUCAGAUGGAGGCUGGUCAGUACAUUUUUCUCCAGUGUCCUCUUAUAUCACAGCUGGAGUGGCACCCUUUCACUCUCACAUCAGCCCCUGAAGAUGACUUUUUCAGUGUACAUAUACGUUCAGUUGGAGAUUGGACAGAAGCCCUUUUCAAUGCCUUUGGAGCAGAAGAAAAAGUCUUUAAAGAGCCCUGGAAGCUGCCAAGACUAGCUGUGGAUGGACCCUUUGGAGCUGCAGCAACAGAUGUCUUUCAGUAUCAAAUUAGUGUGUGCAUUGCAGCAGGGAUAGGGGUUACUCCCUUUGCAUCCAUUCUGAAGUCUAUAUGGUACAAGUGCUGCAAUCUAAAUACUGAACUGAGACUGGAAAAGGUUUAUUUCUAUUGGAUUUGCCGAGAUCCAUCUGCCUUUGAGUGGUUUGCUGAUCUCCUGUGUUCACUGGAAGCACAAAUGGUUGAGAAAGGGAAAGCCCAUUUUCUGAGCUUUCACAUAUUUCUUACCAGCUGGGAUGAAAGUCAGGCUACUCAUAUUGCCUUACAUUAUGAUGAAAAAGUGGAUAUAAUUACUGGCUUAAGACAGAAGACCUUCUAUGGAAGACCAAACUGGAACAUUGAAUUCAGACACAUAGCAGAAAAUCAUCCUAGUGACAGCAUUGGUGUUUUCUUUUGUGGACCUAAAACUCUCUCUGAAAAUCUUCAAAAAAUGUGCAAAUGGUAUUCUUCUGCUGAUCCUAGAGGUGUUCAGUUUUAUUACAACAAAGAAAGUUUUUAG